GAGUUCUGAGCUCUGACAAUAUUCUCUGUACGAUGUCUGUGAGGCACUGUUUCCCUCGUGCCUCGUUCUUCCUUCUCGACCUCCAUUUCCAGCUAAAUUACAAAACCCGUAAUCAAAUUUAAUUACUUUAUUAAUCUGUUUCAUUGAUAUUCAUAUUUUCUAGCAUCUGCUUUAAUUUGGUCAAUUUGAAUUUCUUCAUAAAAUGAUUCAUUGCUUUGUCAGGUCUCUUGGGGGUCGUGAUCACAGUCUCUCUAUUUGGGAAACACCCAUUAACACAAUCAAUAUUCAAUACAUGAUACUCAUUACUACUUUUGAGAAAAGAAGGGAAACAAUAGUUAUGGCUCACAUUUAUUGCGUUUUCAGUACACUUUCUCUUGUUUCUCUCUCUGUUUGAUUAGGGUUUUUACCAGAAACAUCUUUUCAGCUUCUCGGAUUCGUGGGUUCCACAUUUGAUUUGCAAUGGCUUGAUCUCCGGGGAUUUCAUGGCCUUUUGAGUUAUUUCAAGUCGGAGAAGCUGGUUGUUUCUUGUGUGUUUUGGGAUUUCUUAGGGUUCAUGUGUAGAGGUAACAGUUGGUGAACUUUUUGAGUUAUACAUUAUUUGGGUUUUUUUUUUUUGUGACCUUCUUUGGUGGGUUACAUUGUGUUUUAUACUAUUUUCUUUGUACUUUUGAUGAGCUUUUUACUGGCGAAGGAAUCUAGAGAACUUGUGUUGUGCUGUGGUUCACUUAAGGGGACUACUCAAGGCAUUGUGGAUUUCUAAAGCUUCAAGGUCAGUUUCUUGAAUGUCCAUGUGAUAAGAAGAAUGUACUCUCAUGAGCUGUGCUAAGGCGUCAUUUUAGGAUAGUUGAAAGUCUUAGCAAAGAAGCAGCACUGUGGGUUUCUUGAGUUUGGCAAACUUCCUGGGUGGGUCAUAAGAGCAGUUAUUCAAAUGGCUCUCAGUUAUGAUAUGUUCAGCAAAGCAGAAGUUGCGCAGGAUUUUGAAAUCAAGAUCUUACAUUUGUGUGACAUGUCUAUUGUUUUGGCAUAAAUAGCAAGCACAGUUCCUAGAAUCAGAAUACUUUUCUCUGGCUGAAAACAAUUCCUUUUAUUCUCUUUUGAUUCUGGAUGCACUUUAAGGUUUGACUCAGGAAAAGGAAUCAAAUAGUCCAGUAUUGGGUGCAGGAAGAAUCCCAUUUGGAGAACAAAUUGUGGGUGUUGAAGAUGGAUUUCUUCAGAGUUAAAAAAUUCAGGAACGCCCGCAAACCAGAUCCCGCAGAAACUUUAUCUGAGGAUCAACCGGUGCCGCCACUGGAUGAACCAAAAAAUGAGGUUUCUGGUGGUGAGAACAUGGGCAAAUCUGCUCAUGCUGAUCCAAUUAAUGAAGCUGAGGAUGAUGAUGAUGAUUUUAUAACAAAUGAGGUUAAGAGGAGGCUAAAAGAACUUAGGAGAAACAGUUUUAUGAUGCUUAUACCUGAAGAAGAGUCAUGCGUGGAAGAGGAGGAAGAAGAAGAGGCUGAGGCUGAUACCAACCCUUCUGAGUGGUUGGAUGUGGAGGCAGAGGGCCGGCGAUGGUGGGGUGGGUUCGAUGUUGUGUAUGAUAAGUACUGUGAACGGAUGCUGUUCUUUGAUCGGAUGGCCAGACAACAGCUCAAUGAAGCUGUCUCCCCAAAUCCUUCUACUCCAUCGCCAAGAUCUGCAUCUAAAAAGCAUAGAUCCCCCCUUCUCUGCCUUUCAUUGAAAAAGAUUGAAGAACCUGACGAUGAGACUGAGCAUCUGCAGCAGCUUGAGAAUGAUCCAUAUAACAAUCUUGAAACAGCCUAUGUAGCACAGAUUUGUUUGACCUGGGAAGCACUCCAUUGUCAGUACACUCAACUGAGCCAGAAAAUCUCAUGCCAACCUGAAAGUCCCACCUGUUACAACCACAGUGCUCAGCAGUUUCAGCAAUUCCAGGUCUUAUUACAAAGAUUCAUUGAGAAUGAGCCUUUUGAGCAAGGUUCAAGAGCAGAAAUUUAUACUCGUGCAAGAAACAUUUUGCCUAAACUUCUUCAGGUUCCAAAUAUACAAGGUUCCGAUCAAAACAAGUCAGAAGAAGAGGAACCAUAUUUCGUGGUCCUUGCAUGUGAUCUGAUCAGAAUCAUUCAAAGCUCUGUCCUUAUAUUUCACAUUUUCUUGAAGAUGGACAAGAAAAAAUCGAAUGGUGUGCGGAACAUAUUUGGAAAUCAGAAUCAAAUAGCAACCCCACUUCUAUUGAUUCAAUCUUCUCUUGAAAAGAAAGUAAUGAAGCUGAAGGAACAGCGUAAAAAGAGCAAAGGCUGGAAGCAGACAUCAUGGCCUCAAACACCUGAGGAUGUUCAACUUCUUUUUGGCCUCAUUGAUGUUAAAAUCUUAUCGAGGGUUAUCAGAAUGGUGAAAAUUACGAAAGAGCAGUUGCUUUGGUGUGAAGAGAAGAUGAAGAAGCUAGAUUUAUCGAACGGGAAGUUGCAGCGAGACCCUUCUCCUAUCCUUUUCCCUUGUUAAUCGAAUGAUUCAGCUGCAGGGAGAGAGAGAGAGCCUCACCUCCCUACACAUUACCCUUCAAUGUUUUGACAUGAAUACGAAUGUAACUUCUUCACCAACUGUGUUGAAAUGAACAAGUUAGAAGAAUUUCAUUGCAUUUAAUUAGUGAAGGGAGGUAAAGCAGUUUUGUGAUAUUGUAAUAGGUGGUUACAUAUAUCUCUCUCUUUCUGCCAUGUUGAUGUAGCAGAUGAUGUGCUAAUGGAUGCUUUUGUAUCUGAAUAUAUUUCAGUUUGUUUUUAGUUCAAAAUGUUUUGAUUCACCA